AUGAUAUUCUAUUCGAGUUUAUUUUAUUUAAUAUAUUUAUUAAUUAAUAAAACAAAUGGAUUAUUGGAAAAUGAUAAUGAUCUAAAAAAAGAAUGUUUUGUUAAAAUCGAAACAGAUAAUGGUUUUGAAACAUGUUUUAAUCAUGAAUGUUAUCGUUAUAAAGAUCCAUGGAGAAUUGUUCAAACUUAUUUAUAUGAUCAACCAUGUUAUUUACAUUAUCUUAAAUUAGCUUUUUCAAAUUAUGAUCAAUUACUUGUUUUUAUUGAAUUACAAACAUCAAAUAAUAAUGCACUUGAAACUUUUUUUGUUGAUCAUGAUUCAAAACCUUGUUUAAUUGAACUUGAAAUAGAUAAUAUAUAUCCAUUUAAUAGUUAUUAUUUUCUUAGUGAAGAUAUGCUUAAGAAAUUAGGUGGAAUUGAAGAAAAAAUUCAUUUAUUAAAAAUGGAAAUAAAAAAUUGGUAUAGAUCAAUACGAUCUGUUAUUCAAUUAAUUGAUAAUGAUAUGAUUGGUAGACAACCUUUUCAAAGAAUAACUAUUUUAUUUCCAUGUAAUAUAAUAAGAACAAAAACACAAUUAGUUUUAGUUCGAGAUUUAAAAUAUCAAGAACAAUCAACAUGUCCAACACAAAUCAAAAUUUUAUCAGAUAAAGAUAUAUUAACAUCAUCCAAUUAUACAACUAAUAUUGACUAUGAUAAACCAACAAAUAUUCGUUAUAAUGACAGUUAUUUUAUUAAAAAAACAAAUUUAACUAACGAUUCAUAUAAUAAAUCAGAUUCUUAUUAUAAUAAUAAGAAAAAAUCAAAUAAAUGGACUCUAUUUGAAAAGGUUUGUUUACAAAUUUAA